AUGAAUGCUCCUUCUACUCUUGUGACAGCGCUAGUGCGCAAGCCAAAAGGCUUCCUUGAACAUGUCUUCCUUCUAUCCACUUUCGCCUUUUCGCUUGCCACAGCUUGGUAUGGUGUCAAAGCCAUCAUGGCAGCGUUACCGACGAGCAAGUCGUCCACUGCCACCACAUCACCGUCGUCGCCACCGCCGAAUAAGCAUGCCGAAUGGAUAUUGAAAGUGAUCAAGGACAAUGUCGAAGGCCAAGACGCGCUCGACCUACAGCACCUACGCCGCUUUGCCAAACCCAAGUUCCUUCCACCUCAUGUGAUCGGAGAACGCGACCGUAUCAAGGAGCUGUACUCGGUCCCUCGUAGUUGGGACGCUGGACCACCAUCCCUCAUGCAGGAUUCAGAGUCGCCCUCAUGGGAAUGGGCAGCUUCUGCACGCAAGCGCAAUGAAAGCCGUGCACCCACUCUCUACCUACUGAUAUGUCCUACCAACGUCAUUGGAGUCAAGGACCUGCACGAUCUGCUUCUUCUGCACCCUCCUUUCGUCUCCUCGCCGGACUCAUGGUCGUAUCCACUCGAGCUCAAGGAGGUCACUGUGCCACGCCUGGCCCCGACGUCACCCGAACAAGCAGCAGCCUGGAGUGACGAAUACUGGCCGACUUUCUACCGCAAGACGAAUCCAUUCGGUGCUCACCCGGCCACGAUUGAGAAAGCAGAGACUGAACUGCAAGAGCCGUCCACCAACAACGUCAGUAUCGAAGCUAUGAUGCAGCUUGCCGAACAAGCAGGAGACGCCACCGAAAAGCUUGGCUACGGUAUCAGCACUGGAUGUGUCAUUGUGGAGCGUGUCGAGGACCAGACAGAGAUCAUUGCAGUGGCAGGUGAUGCGAGAGGGAAGCCGUUACCUAGUGAGAACGGCGCUUGCGUGUCUCUGGAAGACCUCAGCUUAGAAGAUCUCGAGGAGGACGACAAAGGUACGAGGAAAGGAGGUGGAGGAGCAUUCGCCAAGAAGACAGCUCGCAAGAAGCGUAAGAAGCAAGGGCAGAAGCUGGCCAAGCUAGCUGAAGAGCACGCAUGCACAUCUGGCAAUGUCAUGUGCCAUGCUGUCAUGCGCGCCAUCGGUAUGGUCGGACGCAAACGCCUUCGCAUCGCCUCGCAACCUAUCAGUACACGAGCGCAGAAAGCUGAGGCCGGCUUCAUCAGUGCUGGUCUGGCUCACGAUGAGAAAGCACGCGACGCCUUCUUCCUCGACCUACCCGUCAACGCACUGGAACAGCAAUACUUCGACAAGGACAACAUCAAAGCCGAUGGCUACCUCUGCUUGAAGCUGGAGAUCUUCCUCACCCACGAGCCAUGUAUCAUGUGCUCGAUGGCACUGGUACACAGCCGUGUUGGCCGUGUCAUCUUCAAGCAUCGUAUGUCCGAGACAGGAGGCCUGACAGCGGAGAUGGAUAGCAACGACUCUGGUCCUGUCGGCCUCGGAUACGGCCUUUGCUGGCGCAAAGAGCUGAACUGGCAAUUUAUGUGCUGGGAGUGGACAGCCGCCAACCGCGCGGGUAGUGCUCGCGCGGGUCGCGGCAAGGACAUCGACGCCAUGAACGCCGCCCACGCUACACUGGGUGACGGACGCGUGCUGAGGAAUGGACACCGGGUGAAUGGUAAUACUGAAGACAUCGAAGAUGAUGACGACCUUUCCCAAGAGCAUGAUAUCUACCACGAUCAAGAUGAAGACGCUAACUCGGGCAUGAAUCCUAGCCUCACGUACGUUCAUGUUUAG